GGAAAUGCGUUUUUGAACAGGAGGAGGGGGUGGAGGAGGAGGUGGGCGAUUUCCGUGCCUUUAAUAGUUACGGAUCUUGGGAGCGGAUCGCAGAUCUGAAGACCUUGAAGAAGGCGAGGCCCUUGUAGAGUCAGACGAUCGAAAAGUGCACACAUUCGACGCGUAGAACGAGGGCGUGCAGGUGGAGAUGCAGGAGUGUUGGUGAGAAGGGGUGUCAGCCGCCGAGACGACGAGGACGAGGAGGCCGCGAGGGGUGUUCGAGAGAGUUGCCCGUCUUCGCUGAUCGGUUGGGAAAUUGUCGUUCGGACUGAUCUGGUCUCUCAGCCAUGGCGCGGUGUUCGGUCGGCGCAGCUUUGCUGCUGCUGCUUGUUUUCGCCUCGCUCCACGUUCAGAGUCCUCAUGCCCAAGUUCGAGCGGAAGAAAGCGAAGUGAAGGAAAGCACUUCAGACUUCGCUAAGGUUGAAGAAACUCUCGGAGGAGCGAUUCCCGAUGCUCUGUCCACAGAUUCCGAGGUCGUGAAGAGGGAAAGUGAAUCAAUGUCCCAGAAAACCCUGAGGGCCAAUUCUCAGAAGUUUGAGUUCCAAGCUGAGGUGUCUCGGUUGAUGGACAUUAUCAUCAACUCUUUGUACAGCAACAAAGACAUCUACUUGCGUGAACUCAUCUCCAAUGCGUCAGAUGCACUGGACAAGAUCCGAUUUCUCUCGCUGACCGACAAGACUCUGCUUGGAGAAGGCGAGGAAUCUCAGUUGGAAAUCAGGAUCAAGGUGGACAAGGAGAACAAGAUUUUGUCCAUCAGGGACAGAGGUAUCGGUAUGACCAAAGAGGAUCUAAUCAAGAACUUGGGUACCAUCGCGAAGUCGGGUACCUCAUCCUUUUUGGAGCAAAUGCAAAAGGGCGGGGAUCUCAACCUCAUCGGACAGUUUGGAGUUGGUUUUUACUCCGUCUACCUGGUUGCGGACUACGUCGAGGUUAUCAGCAAGCACAACGAUGACAAGCAGUACAUCUGGGAGUCGAAAGCAGACGGAGCAUUUGCUGUUUCAGAGGACACAGAGAAUGAGCCUCUGGGUCGUGGAACAGAGAUCAGAUUGCACCUGAAAGAAGAAGCCGGGGAAUAUCUGGAAGAAGAUAAACUCAAAGAACUGGUGCAAAAAUAUUCUGAAUUCAUCAACUUCCCCAUUUACAUGUGGGCAAGCAAGGAGGUCGACAAGGAGGUGCCAGAUGAUUCCGAAACCGAGGAGGUUGACGAAGAGAAGCCAAGUGAAGAGUCAGCAGAGGAGACAGAAGAGGUUGACGAAGACGGUGAGACAAAGGAGCCGAAAACCAAGGUAGUCAAGGAGACCGUCUACGAUUGGGAAAAUUUGAACAAAGUGAAAGCAGUCUGGCUUCGUGACCCGAAGGAUGUGACCGCCGAGGAGUAUGCGAAGUUCUAUCAAUCUAUGGCGAAGGACUUUACCAACGAGAAGCCAAUCUCUUACACCCAUUUUAAUGCUGAGGGUGAUGUGGAGUUUAAGGCGAUCCUGUUCGUACCACCGAAGGCCCCGUACGAUCUUUUUGAGAACUACUAUUCCAACAAGGCGACGCUUAAGCUCUUUGUUCGCCGUGUUUUCAUUUCCGAUGAGUUUGACGAGCUUCUUCCGAAGUACUUGAGCUUCCUUAAGGGUAUCGUCGAUUCGGACACACUUCCUCUCAAUGUAUCCAGGGAAAUGCUCCAACAGAACAACAGCUUGAAGACCAUAAAGAAGAAGCUUGUUCGGAAGGCUCUCGAUAUGAUUCGUCACAUUGCCACCGAGGACCCCAAUGAAACUGCUGACACAGAAAACGCUGAAGCUUCAGAUGACGAGGAUGAAAUCAAGAACGAUAAGAAGGGACAGUAUGCCAAGUUUUGGAAGGAGUUUGGAAAGGCCAUCAAGUUGGGUAUUAUUGAAGAUGCAACCAACAGAGUCCGUCUUGCGAAGCUUCUGCGAUUUGAGAGCUCAAAAUCUGGUGAAGGUCUGACUUCACUGGAGAAAUACGUCUCGCGUAUGAAAGAUGGACAGAAGAACAUCUACUACAUCACUGGCCAGAGCAAGGAACAAUUGGAGAAGUCUCCUUUCUUGGAGAAACUUUUGAAGAAAGGAUACGAGGUUAUCUAUUUCACUGACCCAAUCGAUGAGUACUUGAUGCAAAACCUGACGGAGUUUGAAGAUAAGAAAUUCCAAAAUGCAUCCAAAGAUGAUUUGAAGAUUGGAAGCAAGGAUGAGAAAGCCAAAUUGAAGGAGACCAAGGAGGAGUUCAAGGACUUGACGAAGUGGUGGAAGAACCUUCUCGGAGCCGAUAAGAUUGAAGCUGUGAAGGUCAGCAACAGGCUUGCAGACACUCCCGGAGUCGUGGUUACUUCCAAAUAUGGUUGGAGUGCAAACAUGGAACGGAUUAUGCAAGCUCAGACAUUAUCUGACCCAAGCAAGCAAGCAUACAUGCGAGGCAAACGUACAUUGGAAAUCAAUCCUCGACACCCAAUCAUCAAGGAGUUGCGGGAGAAGGUUGCCCAAAAUGCCGAGGAUGAGGCAGCGAAGCAGUCAGCUAAACUUGUUUACGAGACCGCUCUUUUGGAGAGUGGCUUCAUGCUAGAAGACCCCAAGGAGUUCGCCGCACGAAUUUAUGCCGUUAUCAAGGAGAACCUGAACGUCAGCCCUGAUGCAGAGGUAGAAGCGGAACCAGAAGUAGAGGAAGACUUGUCGAAGGAGAAAGAUGCUGAUGAAGAGGUGGACAGCGGCCAUGACGAUAUUGAAGUUCCUGAACCCGAGGACCUCAACCUCGAGCAGUAUAUGGAAGAAGAGGAAGCAGACGAUGACCACAAUGACCGCCACAAGGAUGAGCUGUAGAAGACGUAGAGUGACACGUGAUUUUUCCUGGCCUGUGAUAAAAGCUUCAAUGCUGGUCACCAACUAAUUUUGAAAGGGAUAAAAGGCAAUAGAUGCUUUAGAUUUAAAUUUGAGAUCGAUGGGCGUGAACAAGGAUCGUUUGUGAUGUCAGACAACUCCCGGUGCGCUCGACUAUCAAAGCUCGGAGGAGUAUAUGUAGCGUGUGUAAGGUUUACAUGCUACGUGCUGCAAAUCCAGACGGUCUGUAUUCAAAAGGUGGGCUGAGGGGAUCAGGGUCGAACUCCAGUCCAGGAUGCUCCUUUUCGAUAUAUUGUAAGAUUACAUUAUCCCCAUAGAGGAAGAUUCUAGAUAUAAAAUUUGAGUUCAACGACUGUUGCGAGUGACAUCAGUCAAAGCCUGACUUUCGGUCACGCUCGAAUGCUCCGUGCGUUUUCUGCUGUAAGCGGCCCAGUGAGAAUUUUGUGCUUCCUAAGGGUUGGGGGUACAUUUUAGAUAGCUUCGUUCGACUGAUCUUUCCUAACUCGCACCUACACAGUGGUUUACAACCCUUCUACUGCGUACACUUAAAACCUCGAUCUUCUCAGAAUCCUGACUCCAGAUCGAGUAUACCUCGCUUGUCUCGCUUGUCCAAGCAUGACCGUGGCACCAAGUCAGGCCCAUCAAUCGCACCCGAAGCAUACGAAACCACAAUGUGCAGAAUAUACCUCGACAGAUUCG